GCCGCUGGCGGGCGCCGGAGACCCCGCCGGGGCUGAGGCUUCUGGCGAGCGGGUGGCGAGGGCCCGGCUGCGGCCUCCUCGCCAUGUCCUCGGCCCGCGACGCCAGCGGCCACUUCCCCCUGCAUCUCCUGGUCUGGAAGAACGACUACCGGCAGCUGGAGAAGGAGCUGCGGGACCAGAAUGUGGAGGCUCUGGAUCCACGAGGUCGAACCUUAUUGCAUCUUGCUGUAUCUUUGGGACAUUUGGAAUCUGCUAGAGUCUUGCUUCGACAUAAAGCAGAUGUUACAAAAGAAAAUCGCCAAGGAUGGACAGUUUUACACGAGGCUGUGAGCACCGGUGAUCCCGAGAUGGUGUACACAGUUCUUCAGCACCGGGACUACCACAACACGUCCAUGGCCCUCGAAGGUGUGCCUGAGCUGCUCCGAAAGAUUCUUGAGGCUCCGGAUUUCUAUGUGCAGAUGAAAUGGGAAUUCACCAGCUGGGUGCCCUUGGUUUCUAGGAUAUGCCCAAACGAUGUCUGCCGCAUCUGGAAAAGUGGUGCCAAAUUGCGUGUCGAUAUCACAUUACUGGGAUUUGAAAACAUGAGCUGGAUAAGAGGAAGGCGUAGUUUUAUAUUUAAGGGAGAAGACAACUGGGCAGAGUUGAUGGAAGUCAACCACGAUGACAAAGUGGUCACCACUGAACAUUUUGACCUCUCCCAGGAGAUGGAGCGCCUCACUCUGGACUUGAUGAAGCCAAAAAGCAGGGAAGUUGAGAGGCGGCUCACAAGCCCAGUCAUCAACACCAGCCUCGAUACUAAAAAUAUUGCAUUUGAAAGAACUAAAUCCGGAUUCUGGGGCUGGAGGACAGAUAAAGCAGAAGUUGUUAAUGGUUACGAAGCAAAGGUUUACACAGUAAACAAUGUGAGUGUGAUAACUAAAAUACGGACAGAACACCUGACCGAGGAAGAAAAAAAGAGAUAUAAAGCGGACAGGAAUCCGUUGGAAUCUCUGCUGGGGACUGUGGAACACCAGUUUGGUGCUCAAGGGGACCUCACCACAGAAUGUGCCACGGCAAAUAACCCCACAGCCAUCACGCCUGAGGAGUACUUCGAUGAAGAGUUUGAUCUGAAAGACAGGGACAUUGGAAGGCCUAAAGAGCUGACGAUUAGAACACAAAAGUUUAAAGCGACGCUGUGGAUGUGCGAAGAGUUUCCUCUGUCUCUCGUGGAGCAGGUCAUUCCCAUCAUUGACCUGAUGGCCAGAACAAGCGCGCAUUUUGCAAGACUGAGAGAUUUCAUCAAGCUGGAAUUCCCACCCGGAUUUCCUGUCAAAAUAGAAAUUCCAUUGUUUCAUGUCUUAAAUGCACGGAUUACAUUUGGAAAUGUCAAUGGCUGUAGCACUGCUGAAGAAACCGUAUCCCAGAAUGUGGACGGGACCCAGGCCAAUUCAGCUUCCCACGUCACAAACUUUGAGGUAGAUCAGUCUGUGUUUGAAAUUCCCGAGUCGUAUCACAUUCAAGACAACGGCAGAAACAUGCAUUUGCAGGAUGAAGACUACGAGAUAAUGCAGUUUGCCAUCCAGCAGAGCUUGCUGGAGUCCAGCAGGAGCCAGGAUGUCUCAGGACCAGCUUCAAAUGGAGGGAUCAGCAGGACACAUGCCUAUGAUGCCCAGUACGAGAGGGCCAUCCAGGAGAGCCUCCUCACCAGCUCGGGAGGCCCAUGCCCUGGCACCCCGAGCGAGACCAGCCGUUUCGACAGCGACUUGCAGCUGGCCAUGGAGCUCUCUGCCAAAGAGCUGGAGGAGCGGGAGCUCCGCCUACAGGAGGAGGAGGCAGAGCUCCAGCAAGUCUUACAGCUGUCGCUCACUGAGAAAUAGACCCUCCCAUCCCCGGGCUGCACCAAGCAGCGGCUCCAGGCUGCACUGCGAGCACCCAGUCCACCAGCACCCCGGGCCAGAGCGACCGUACCUCGUAUGCAUUCCGUGAACAGGCGGCCGCUGCCCCGUUCCUUAUGCAGAGGUGCGGGGCCAGGGCCUUUAGGCCGGACUGUGACUCUUCCCAGGAGAGAAGGGGCUGGGGCCCGGCAGACCCCAUCUCCGGGGUAAGGGGUGGAGAGUCCCAUCACUUCCAUUAACUGUACUGGCUUGCAGGUCACAUUUUUACUACCAGCUUUAGACAAAAACCCCAAUCCUCGCAGGUUUGUAGAUUAAUUUUUAUCAAUGAGUGAUAACGAAGUUAUUGCACAGUCAGGGUGCUUUUAUAUACAAGCAGCAGCAGCCUUUGUAGAGUGUGAUUCAUGAAAAUUUGUGAGACACUUCUUAUACUUCACCAAAGAAAUGGCUCAUCUGUGCCGAUCUUUAUUUUUACGUUUGUACAGGGUUUCUAGAGCACUGUCAUUAUGCUCCUCCACCGCCACCUUCUUCCCCAAGCUAGAGGAGAUGUGUACAGGAUCUAUUUUAGAUUAUGGUUAGCUCUUUGCAUCAAAUUAGGUGAUACAAAUGACUGUGGAUGUUGCCUUAGCCUUAAAAAUGAUUAAUCGUUUAAAACAACCUCACUCCACUUAUUGAGGGAUCUGAUUUGAAUUUGUUGAGAGCAGGCUCCUCCGUGCUAAAUCCAAGGCAGCUAAGCCUGUCCCUGAAG